CGCGCAGAGCGCUUUCUGUUUACCUGUCUGCUGUCACAUACACAGUCUGUGGUGUUUAGUUUGUGGUAUAUUAGGCGUCAGUGUUGUAGUUAUGUCUUCUACCUCCAGUAAUGCUGCUGGAGGUAUUCAAGGGCUUCUUCUCAAGCUUCACGAUUUACUUUCGGACGAAGACGACCGAGCUGCAGCUCUGAAAUGUCACGAUAUUAUUGGCGAUUUGGGUCAGGAGUGCAUGCUAACGCCUGCAGAGAAUGAACUGGUUUUGCAGGCAUCCUUACUAUUCUCAAAAGAGUAUGGGCUUCUCAGCUUCCUCAAGAAAUCCCAGGCUUCAGACGAGCUCCGGGACACCAGAGUUGAAAUUUUAUCUUUCUUGGAGAAAUUCCUGGACAAGAUUUCGAUGAGAGUCAAAGGAUGGGAGAAGACUUACAGCAUUGAGAUUAGAGACACCUGUAUGGCUGUUUAUACGAAGGAAAAAGGAGCCAAAUGCAGAACUCCAGUGCUAGAGCUCCUAAUUAAGGUUCUUCAAAGCACAAAGGCUUCCACUGUCACUGCAGAGCUGAGAAUUCUUGACAUAUACAACAAAUUUUACAGUGAGCUUUGUCAAAAGAAUAAAUUGGCAGAUUCAGUACUGGGUAAAAUCUAUGAGUUGCUUGGAGUUCUUGCUGAAGUCCAUCCCAGCGAGAUGGUUAACAACUCUGAUAAACUCUACAAAGCCUACCUAGGAGAGCUAAAAGAACAGAUGACAUCUUCGACUAAAGAACCAAAACUUUUUGUCGUGGCUGGAUGCUUGAGAGGAGUCACUGCUUUGAUGGUUAACUUCACUAAAACCAUGGCAGAAGAUCCAGUAACAUCCCAGGAAAUAUUUCAAUAUGCACUAAAGGCAAUUAGUCCUCAGAUGGAAAUGACUCGCUAUGCUGUCACCUUUGCUGGGCUGAGAUUAUUUGCCAGACAUGCAUGUCAGUUCAGCAGCUGCCUUAUGGACAACUGUCGAGUUUUGUUUGAGGUCAUGUGUAAGCUCUGUGGACACAUCAAUGCUGAGAUGAAAAAGACAAGUUACUCUGCACUUGAGGCCUUUCUUAAACAGGUUGCCAUGCUGGUCGCAGAUAAUAUUGAAGAGCACAAAACCAAGUUGAAGUUCUUCAUGCAGAAGUUCUGUGGCAUUAUUAAGACCAUGGAGUCAACUCAUAAAGAGUUGUCUAUUGCCAUACGUGGAUAUGGAUUCUUUGCAGCUCCAUGCAAAAAAGUUUGCCCUCAAGAUGUGGACCUGAUGUACAUAGAGCUGAUUCAGCGCUGCAAACAGAUGUAUCUGACGGAGUCUGAUGGGGAGGAUGACAGCUUCUACCAGUUACCCAGUUUCCUGGAUUCCAUAGCAAGUGUCCUCAUUCACCUGGACAAGAUUCCUGAGGUGUACACACCAUUAUUGGAGCGCCUCCUUGUGGUGCAGAUUGACAGUUUUCCUCAGUACAGUGAGAGAAUGCAGACAGCUUGUUGCCGGUCUAUUCUGAAGGUGCUGGUGGCCAUGGCCUCUAAAGGACCUAUUUUAUGGAGUUUUAUUAGCUCUGUGGUGCAUCAAGGCUUAAUUCGGGUCUGUUGCAAACCCAUCAGCAUUUCUGAGCGCAAAGACAGUGGAAAUGAUGAAGGUCCGGCUAACUCAUCUGAAAUUCGUGUUGGAAAGUGGAGAGUCCCAUCCAGUCAGAACUACCUCCCUCUGUACAAAGGCCUUCUAGACUGUGAGCAGUUAAAGGAUUCAGGCUUUUUAGAUGGUGCUUUUGAAGGUCAGAACUCUGCUCUUGUGUCUUUGAGUCGUCUCCUUUAUGAUGAGAUGGUGAAAUCAAUUCUCCAAAUAGUAGAAAAAUUGGACUUGUCUGUGGAGAAAGUCACACCAGCAGAGGAGGACCCAGAUGACAUGGCCAGUGUACUGCCCUCUUCAGACCCCACAGCUCACCUUUUACCCAAUAAGGCUAAAGACUUUGAUGCCUUUGUGAACCUGGUUGAGUUCUGCAGUGAGUUGUUGCUGAAUAAUCACGUGGACUACUUUCAGAAUUGGAUGUACCCCCUUAGCCAUGAACUCAUCAUCCACUCCAUAAGAAAUCCACUCGUCAGUGGCUUUUACAAACUGCUCUCUGUUGCCAUGAAAAUUGCUAAGAGGAUCAAAUACUAUCAGGGAAUUGACCUUAAAAGCUCAUCAUUCCCCCACACUGAUGCAGCAAGAAGUGCUUGUUUUGCACUCUUCUCAAAGUUUGGGAAAGAGGUCUGCGUGAGAAUGAAGCAGUAUAAAGACGAGCUGCUGGCUUCCUGCUUGACAUUUGUUCUUUCACUGCACCACAGCAUUGUAGCUUUGGACAUUAAGGCCUACUGCCCUGCUCUCGAGGCGGCGUUAAAGUUGGGCCUGAGCCAUGUUCCUUUGGCUAACACAGCCCUGGAUGCCCUGGAGGACUGGUCCUCUCACAUACCUUUGGAGACUUUGCAGCCCUGUUAUAAGAACGCACUUCCUCUUCUAGAUGGAUACUUGAAAACCACUUCCACAAAUGACAAAGAUGAGAGCAGUUGGGAGGUGAUGUCUUCUGUGUCUGCAAGAAGUGACAAAGGACACAGCCGAGUGAUGAUGAGGCUCUUAAAGCAAUCCAAACAGCUUGCCGUGGAAGAUGCGCCUGUCGUCAUGGUAAGGCUCAGGGUGGUGAAGCUCCUUGGUCAUCUGGGAGGAAAGCUGAACAGAAACCUUGUAACUGUGUUCUCAUCAGAGGAGAUGAUGAAGAAAUUUGUUGCCUGGGAUUCUGAGAAAAGGCUCAGCUUUGCAGUGCCAUUUACCGAUAUGAAACCAGUCAUCUACCUUGACCCAUUUCUGCCACGUGUCUGUGAACUGGCUCUGUCUACAAGUGACCGACAAACCAAAGUAGCAGCUUGUGAACUGCUCCACAGUUUGGUGGUCUACAUGGUUGGGAAAAGUGCUCAGAUGGUGGAAGGGGAGAAUACUUUACCGCCAAUGUAUAAGCUUCACAAGAAGCUGUUUCCUGUGCUACUACGUCUGGCCUGUGAUGUGGAUCAGGCAAGGGACGGGUACAUGAACAUUUCUAAAAUUACUGAAUAUAUUUUGGAUACAAUUAAGAAAUGGUGCUAUAUGAUGGUUGAAAAAUGCCAAAUUCAACACAGGAUUUUGUCAAGAAGCUUGACUGGUUUAUUUUCUUACUUCUGUCAUUUUAGGGAGGAAAAUUCCUUAGUAGAGCAGUUUGUCUUUGAAGUGCUCAUCAUAUUUAUCGAAAGUCUGGCUCUUGCACAUGCAGAUGAGCGAUCAAUGGGUACUCUGCAGCAAUGCUGUUGUGCCAUUGAUCAUCUGAAGAGAAUCAUCAAAUACAUGGCCCCCAGCCUCAAUCAGCACAAUGCUAAGAGACGCGUUCCAAGGGGCUUCCCUCGUGAUGAAAAGCUGUGUUUAUCUGACGUAGUCUUAUGGCUUCUGGAACAGUGUGGUCGACCUCAGACUGAGUGCCGCCAUAAAUGCAUGGAACUCUUCUAUGAGUUUAUUCCUCUUCUCCCAGGAAAGAAAUCUCCACCCCAGUGGUUGGAUACUGUGCUGAAGGAUCGUGGCAUGGGCUACUUGAUCUCCCGGUUUGAGGGUGCAGGUCUUCUUUCCCAGCCCACUCUCCGGGACCUGUCAGGCCCUUUCAGUGUCAGAGCUGCCCUCCAGUGGAUGGAGCUCCUUCUGGCUGCCCUGGACUGCUACAACACCUUCAUCAACUUGCACAUAAUCAAGCCAGGUCACAUGCUUAAAUGCAAAGAUGAGUCCAGCUUUAUGAAAGCCUUAAGUUUCUUUUUGACUGAAUUGGCAACUCACGAUCUGGCAGCAGCACAGACCUGUUUCUCCCUUGGUGAGAAAACCUCCCACUUCAGCCCCAGAGAGGUGGACCAAUACAACUACAGCAAGUGCACCAUUAUUGUCCGCCUGCUGGAGUUUGCCACAAUGAUUCUUGUCAAAGAAGAUAAGGAGUUUUGGAAGUUGCUGGAACAAGAUAUUUUUGGAUCCGUGUUUUUUGAGUUGAUUGUGCUGGUGGUUUGUGAGCCAUCCACUGUAGGAUUCAACAUGGCAGAUGUGGAGGUGAUUAAACACCUACCGGAAGUGUGCGUUCCUCUGCUCAAGGCCCUUCUGAGCUCUCCUUACAGCUUUCAUCUUGAAAGCAGCCUGCAGAAAAGAAUCUCUCGUAAAAGUGUGGAGGAACUGUGCACUGUAGACCUUUAUCAUUCCAGCACUCUGAGCACCCAUAACCAGAUGGAAAUGAUUCUGUCUGCAUCUAAACAGAUCCACAAAGCUGGCUUCCUCAGCUCCGUUCUCCACAGCCAGGAUGCAGCUUAUUCCAGAUCCCUUGGCUCUCGUCUUCUCAUGACUGUCUACAAAGGUAUAGCACCUGGCGAGGAGAGGAAGGCGCUUCCAUCAUUGGAUGUAAAUACCAGGAGGCUAGCAGACAGUCUGCUUCAGUUUGCCUUUUCUCUCAGUCAGCAGAGUGAGCAGCUGGUGGAUGUACUGUUGAACACCAUCAUGCUUUCUGUGCCAAUAUCUGGAAGCCACAGCAAAAACUUCUUGAGCUUCUCUCAUGGGGAGUACUUCUACAGCCUCUUCCAGAUGACCAUCAACGCUGAGCUGCUGAGAAAUCUGGACAUCACCGUGCCACAUCUGAUGAAUGCAGCAUCUUCCAAUCCCAGCAUGGUGAGUAUGUUGUUGAAUGGCAUGCUGGACCACAGCUUCAGAGAGCGCACUGUAAGGAAGACUCAGGGAAAGCAGCUGGUGGAAGAAGUGCUACGAAGAUGGGGUAGUCUGCAGUCGUGGUGGGAAGGACAGUCUUCCACUCCAGAGAGCAAAACUGCUACUCUGCUGCUGCUCUCCAAACUGCUCCAGAUUGAUUCUUCUGUCUGCUCCAGUGUCUCUCACGAAGCAUUCAGACCGGUGUUUUCCACUUUCACUACAUUGUUGGUUGACCUGAAUCUGCCACUAAAUCUCAAGAGUCAGGCCCUGCUGGUGUUACCAUUCUUCACAACACUCUCAGAGGAGCAUCUGGCUGAGCUGCAGAAAGCACUUGAUGCUCUUGUAGCCUCUCAUUUUCCUAUGCAGUCUGAUGAGUUUGCUAAGGGCUCGCUUAACCGCAACAACUACAUGGACUGCAUCCGGAAGAUGCUGGAUGCAUUGGAGCUUUCCCAGAGCCCUCUCCUGCUCAAGCUGCUGUUAUUCAUUUUGUGUCGUGAUAGAAAACACAUCAUGGAGGAGCACUUUCAAAGUUGUUUCCAGCGAAUUGCUAAACGGUCUUGUCCUGAGAGGCAGCUCCAGCUGCUGUGUACAGUAUAUGAGGUGAUCCAGCAGGGUGAUGUUCCAGUGAGCGUCAUGCUGCAGGACAUGAUGGAGAGAGUUCUGCUGCCGCUCACUUCUCACUGCAGCACUAAGGCCUUGAAUGACUUCUUCACGGCAAAUGUGUCAGACAUAAUGGCUUUAAUGCUCACUCGUUUCACUAAGUCAAGUGAAGCUGCAUUUGAGAUCCAGUUGCUGAAGAAGAAUGGCUGCUACAAACUGAUGGAGCUCUUGUAUUCUCGGCUUCCCAAAGAAGAGGUUUAUUCCAAAGACUCUCGAAUUAAUCAGGCCUUCUGUCAUUCUGACAAAACAGAGGGCAACGAGUUGUCUAAGGCCUUGAUCAAAUCAUGUUAUGAAGCAUUCACAGAGAAUAUGGCUGGUGAGAGUCAACUCCUUGAGUUAAGGAGGCUUUAUCACUGUUCUGCCUACAAUUGUGCCAUCGCUGUCAUCAGCUGUAGCUUCAAUGAAGUCAAAUUCUACCAAGGCUUCCUCUUCAGUGAGAAACCAGAGAAGAAUCAGUUCAUUCUUGAAAAUAUCAUUGAUGUUGAAAGGACCUACAACUUUCCCAUUGAAGUUGAGGUCCCACUUGCGAGAAAGCAGAAAUACAUAACAAUAAGACGAGAAGUAAGCGAUGAGAGUGGAGAUGUACCAGUGUACCUGUCCUCCCAGUCUUAUAUGGCCGACAGCAGCCUGAGUGAGGAGAUGAGUCAGUUUGAUUUCUCAACGGGAGUCCAAAGCUUUUCCCUCAGCUCCCAAAAUCCAGAAGGGCGCAAACGUGCAGUUGCUAAAAAGGAGACGGAGGAGGCAAAUCCCUCCCAGCAUGCAAUGGUGGAUCUGGAAAUGGAUGAUCUUAAUCAGCAUGAGUGCAUGGCGGCCAUGACUGCUGUCAUUGGACACAUGCAGAGGAGCAACAUAACACCCAAAAUUCAACCGGGUAACGUGCCGAGUGAACUUCCUCCAUGGAUGAAAUUUCUAAAUGGGAAACUCUCAAAUCCAGCAACACCUCUGAAUAUCAGACUCUUCAUCUCAAAGCUCAUUAUCAACUCAGAGGAGGUUUUCCGGCCAUAUGCCAAACACUGGCUUGGGCCACUGCUGCAGCUUGUGGUCUGUGGAAACAAUGGCGGAGAUGGGAUUCAUUUUAUGGUGGUGGACAUUGUGGUCACAGUGCUCUCUUGGAUAAGUUUGGCCAGCCCUAAGGGCAACCCCAGAGAUGAAGUACUUGCCAACAGGCUGUUAGAGUUCCUGAUGAAGCACUGCUUUCACUCAAAGAGAGCCGUUUUCCGCCACAAUCUGGAGAUCAUUCGCACUCUGGUUGAGUGUUGGAAAGACUGUCUGCAUGUGCCUUACAGCCUGAUUUUCAGCCAUUUUUGCGGCAGUGACCCAAACAGCAAAGACAACUCUGUUGGACUUCAGUUGCUUGGAAUUGUCCUGGCCAAUAACCUUCCUGCUUAUGAAGCGUCCUGUGGAAUACAAUAUGAGAGGUACAUCCAGUGUCUCACCAACAACUUGGGCUUUGUAAGGUAUAAAGAUGUCUACUCUGCAGCUGCUGAGAUUAUUGGCCUCAUCCUGAAGAACAUGAAAGAACAUGAAAGUGAAAAUCAUCAUCAUCAGGAACUUGUCAGUCUUGCUGCCAGCAAGAUUACAAAUCUGAAAAAGAAAGAUAUGGAUGACAAGUUUAUUGUUUGUUUGAACAAAGUCUCCAAGCACUUCCCUCCAUUUAUGGAUCGGUUUGUCAAUUAUGUGUUCUUCCUCCUGCCAAAGCUGCAUGGCAUCUUAAAGACGUAUUGUUUGGAGUGUGUACUGAGCCGAGCUGAUGUCAUCCCAGACAUCUUUCUGCAGUUGAAGACCACCGGCUUCAUUCAGAUGAUGAGUCACAGGGAUGAAGUAAGACAGAGAGUGUGUCUAGACAUCAUCCACAAGAUUAUCUCCCUGCUGACUCCAGUUCAGCUUCAGGAGCUUCUGGGAGCUGUGACGGCUUUCAUCUCUCAUCCCUCGCCAGUGUGCAGAGAGAGGAUGUACGAUAUCCUCAUGUGGAUCCAGGACAACUACAGUGAUACAGAGAGCAUUGCUGACUGCACUUCAGUGCAAAUUUUGAAUGAAGCUAAAGAAACUCUUCUUCAGGGACUGUCUGAAGAAAACCAAGGCCUCCAGCUUUAUGCUCGGAACUUCUGGAGUCAUGAGAAACGUCUUCCUAAAGCCACUCUGGAUCGAAUGUUGAUGGUUCUUCAAUCUCUGUAUUCCUGCCAAAUAGAAAGGUGUUUCUUAAGCUUGGCUACCAACCUGCUACUGGAAAUGACCAGCCAAAGUCCAGACUUCCAACGAAACAUGUUUGAAUACCCACUCUCUGAAUGCAUUUUCCAGGACUAUGUGAUUGACUCCAGUUGGCGGUCUAGGACCACAGUGAUGACUCCCAUGUUUGUUGAAACCCAAAGCUCUCAAGGCCAGGAGAGCCCAGCAGCUUCACAGUCUGGAGCCAUGAAGGGGAAGCUCCGCAGUACUCAGACUUCUUUGGAGUUUUCCCAAACUCAGACACCAGGUCGACGCACAGCAUAUAAUUGGGUGACAGGCAGCAGCGUGGACACGCUGGCUGAGUACACAGUGGGUUCUGAAUCUUUGUCUUCAUUGAUGGUGUUUGACAAGAAAUCUGAGAAACGAGGCCCACUGUGGAAGCCAGUGGGAGAAGGCUUUGGUGUGAAGCGCUUAACAGCAGCAACUGACGAGGUUGACAGCCAUGCUAAAGCAGAAAAUGAGCAACGUAGUAACAUCUUAAGACUGAGACGCAGAUUCCUCAAAGAUCAAGAGAAAGUCAGCUUACGUUUUGCACAAAAAGAGAUUCAACAACAAAGACAGAAAAAGAGUGUGAUUGGUCCUUAA